ACGUUUUAGUCUUGGACAUGUUGGCACUCCUGCGUGCAUUCCAAACGUCAAGAGUGAUCAAAAUAAUGAGUACUUACUGCUUUAUAUCCCGAUAUGGCUGCAAUUGAGAAAGUAAAAGUAGUUGUACUUGGCGAUUCUGGCGUGGGCAAGACUUCGCUAACGCACCUGAUCGCGCACGGCCGCGUGCUCGUGUCGCCGACGUGGACGGUGGGCUGCGCGGCCGAGGUCAAGCUGCACGAGUACCGGCAAGGCACGCAGCAGCAAAACACGUUCUUUGUCGAGUUCUGGGACGUGGGAGGCUCGCAGGGCCAUAGGAAUACUAGGAACGUGUUCUACCAACCUACACACGGAAUCAUUCUAGUUCACGACCUAACCAACAGAAAAAGUCAAGUUAAUCUACAGAAAUGGCUCUCCGAGAUCCUAAAUUCGGACAAUCCGACACUUCAGCAUAUUGAUAUCGACCCAGAACAGUUCCUCGGCUCUACACAGAUACCCAUUCUGGUGAUCGGCACGAAGUUCGACUUGGCCGAGGAGAAGCAGCGACGGGGGCAGUACCGGCGCCUCGCCAGCAGCAUCGCCGAGCAGUGCGGGGCAGACGAGCUCUUCGUCAACUGCCACCAGGCCAGGUCUCUGGGGCCCGGGACCAGUAACUCGGUGAAACUAACACGGUUUUUUGACAAGGUGAUCGAGCGGCGCUACUACUCGCGCGGCUCGCCGUUCCCGGAGCGGCGCUCGGCCGCGCACUUGCCGCACUACUCGCACUUAGCGCCCAGUACGCCGCUCCAGGGCUCUCGCUCGCACCACUACCUCAGCCCGAGGUUCUACCGCAUGGACAACUAGGGGUCUUCCGCGAAAACCGAAAUUCGCAAAUUGCGGGGAUCUUUCUCUUUUACUCUUUUUAGGGUUCCGUAGUCAACUAGGAACCCUUAUAGUUUCGCCAUGUCCGUCUGUCUGUCUGUCUGUCCGAGGCUUUGCUCCGUGGUCGUUAGUGCUAGAAAGCUGAAAUUCGGCAUGGAUAUAUAAAUCAAUAAAGCGGACAAAGUCGUACAAUAAAAUCUUAAAAUUUAAUUUUUUUUAGGGUACCUCCCCUACACGUAAAGUGGGGAUGAACAUUUUUUUUGCUUCAACCCUACAGUGUGGGAUAUCGUUGAAAAGGUCUUUCAAAACUAAUAGGGGUCUUCAACAAACAUUUCUUGAUAAAGUGAAUAUAUUCGAAGAUAAUUGCUCCAAAAGAAAAAAAAAUGUGUCCCCCCCCUCUAACUUUUGAACCAUAGGUCCAAAAAAUAUGAAAUAAAUCGUUGAAGAGCUUAAGAAAGACAUUAAAUGAAAACUAUUGCGGACAUGUUCAGUUUAGCUGUUUUUGAGUUAUCGCAAAAAGUUUCCCCUUCAUAGUAAAAAUACUUACUUUAACUAGGUACUGAUUAUGCAAAUU